AUGAAGUCCGCCUUUACAUUUGCGUUAGCCUUCGGGACGACGGUGUACGCUUGUCAGCGGGACCACUCCGCCCUGGGCCACUCCCAACACGCAUCUCGUCGGCUGUCGAGGCGUCAGGCAGCUUUCCCGCCUACUCUGACCGAGCAAGAGUCAAUUCUUGCCAAUUCCUUCGACAACAACACGAUCAGCGAUUGGUCCUACUACUACACCCACGGAGAUCACGUCGCUGGCCGUAACCGAAGCCAGGCGCAGUGGACCGCAGACCGGUGGUCUGAGAACGGCUUUACAUCUUCUUUGGCAGAGUAUCACGUCUACCUAAAUUAUCCCGUGUCCAAGUCCAUCACUCUCUCGUACCCGAACGGCAGCAGCUACACUCCGUCUCUGGAAGAAGAUGUGUUACCGGAAGACGAGACAACCGGCUAUCCAAACCGAAUCCCCACCUUCCAUGGCUACUCGUUCACCGGCAACGCUACGGCAGAGUACGUCUACGUCGGUCGUGGGCAGCAGGUCGACUUUGAGCGCCUAGUAGAGCUCGGUGUGCCGCUCGAGGGGAGGAUUGCCCUCGCGAAGUACGGCGGGCCUUUCCGAGGGUUGAAAGUCAAGAAUGCCCAGAACUAUGGUAUGAUAGGAGCGAUCAUCUUCACAGAUCCCGGCGACGAUGGCAACGUGACCGAAGCGAACGGCUAUGCCGCCUAUCCAGAUGGACCAGCGCGGAACCCGAGCUCUGUUCAGCGAGGGUCGGUCCAGUUUCUGUCCACAUAUCCCGGCGAUCCUACAACACCGGGCUAUCCAUCAAAGGAAGAUUCACCGCGGGCAGACAAGGGCGUUGUGACCCCGUCCAUCCCUUCGAUCCCUAUCUCCUACGAAGAAGUCAUUCCCCUCCUUGCGGCACUAGACGGCUACGGCACGCCCGGGAACCAGGUCAACCGCACUCGCUGGGUAGGUGGGCUCAACGUCACCUACAGCACCGGCCCAGCACCCGGAGCUGUCAUCUCGAUGUCGAACGUAAUGGAGGACGCGUACACGCCUAUCUGGAACGCGGUCGGAGUGAUAAACGGCACGAGCCAAGAUGAGGUCCUCAUCAUCGGCAACCAUCGUGAUGCCUGGCUGAUUGGAGGCGCUGCUGAUCCCAACUCCGGCAGCGCUAUCAUGAUUGAGCUCUCGAAGGCCUUUGGCAGACUGAUCGAGACCGGGUGGCAGCCCAAGCGGACUAUUGUGCUCGCUUCGUGGGAUGCUGAAGAAUACGGACUUGUGGGAUCUACAGAGUGGAUGGAGGAGUACAUUCCCUGGCUCACAGGAAGCGCGGUGGCCUAUCUCAACAUCGACGUGGGCUGCUCCGGACCGCGGCCGUCGCUAAGUGCUACCGGAGAUUUGCACACGAUUGCGGUCGAGACGAUGCGCAAAGUCAUAUUCCCGCAGGGCGAAGCGAUGAAUGAAACCCUGUUUGACGUCUGGUUCGCUGAGACACAAGGCGUAGUAGGCGUGCUUGGUUCCGGCUCCGACUACACCAGCUUCCUGCACAGAGGCAUCAGCUCCCUUGAUGUAGGGAGUGAUGCAGGACCGGACGAUCCUGUAUAUCACUACCAUUCUAAUUACGACAGCUACCACUGGAUGGUGACCUACGGCGAUCCUGGAUUCCGCGUCCACACGGCAAUGGGCCAGUACUUGACCCUCCUAGCUUAUCAUCUUUCUACCGACGACCUCCUCCCUUUCGACAUCCCCAACUACGCCGAGCAGAUGCAGCUAUACUACGACCAGCUACUCGCCGUCAUCAACUCCACCUCUUCGCAGCUCGACACGAGCGAGCUCCUCGCCGCCAUCGACGUCUUCGAGACACGCGCCGCGGAGGUGGUGGCGCUGCAAGGGCAAGCUCAAGCCACCGGUGACGCGGCACUGCUUGAGGUCGUGAAUCGGAAGUACAAGGACUUCUCGCGCGGCUUCACCAGCCAGGGGGGGCUGCCGGACAGGGAGUUCUUCCAGCAUGUCUUGUUUGCGCCGGGAUUGGAUACUGGGUACGCGCCUGUUACGUAUCCUGGCAUCACGGAGGCGCUGCAGGCGGGAAAUGUGACACUUGCUGCGGAAUGGGUGACCAAGACUGCGAAUGGGAUUUUGGUUGCCGCCAAUAUCCUGAAGACGUGA